GUGCCGCGCCUCCCGGCCUCGCGUCUCCCCGCCGGCCGCCCGCCCGCGCUCUCGGAGCCCAGGCCGCCGCCAUGUCUUCCGGGGCCAGCGUGAGCGCCUUGCAGCGCCUGGUGGAGCAGCUCAAGCUGGAGGCCGGCGUGGAGAGGAUCAAGGUCUCUCAGGCGGCUGCAGAGCUUCAACAAUAUUGCAUGCAGAAUGCCUGCAAGGAUGCCCUGCUGGUGGGUGUUCCAGCUGGAAGCAAUCCCUUUCGGGAGCCCAGAUCCUGUGCUUUACUCUGAAGACUGGUGGCGCAGUGGUAAAGAAUCCGACUGCCAAUGCAGGAGAUGCAGUUUCGAUCCCUGAUCUGGGAAGACCCCCUGGAGUAGGAAAUGGCAAUCGCUCCAGUAUUCUUGCCCGGAAAAUUCCAUGAACAGACAGAGGAGCCUGGCAGGCUACAGUCCAUGGACUCACAAAGAGUCAGGCACAACUGAGUGACUGAGCACACACAUACACAAGGGGUGUUUAUACAGGAAGUAAUCAUCUUAGAUCUUUUUUCAUAUACUUGAAAAGGAAAUUAUUCACGUUAAUAAGAAGGAAGUAAUAAUACUAUUAGGUGCUAUUGUAUCUUUUAAUGGAAAAUGUCUACAUUUCUGAUGUUAAAAUAAUAGUCUUAUGUUGGCAUAGCAUUUGUCUUUUUACAAAGCACUUUCCUGGAUGUUACUCAUUCAAUGGUGUGGUUUGGAUUUUCUGACAUUAACCUGUUACUUUCUACUUUGAGAACCCUAAAGUGACCUAUGAAAUAAUGAGUAGUUAAUUUUAUGUAUAAAUCUUACUAAGUGAAAACCUACCAAAUUUUCUUUACAGUAGAGAAGAAGUUUGCUGAAGAAUGCUUUCAAGCACAAACUGAUGAAUGACUGCCUCCAAAUUUCAAGAAAACACUUCUCUAACCACAGGACUUCUAGAUGUUUCACAGGACCUUUCCUGUGACCUGGUCCUUUAGCCAACAUUCUACAGAAACUGAUGUUUCUACUCAAAUAAGGAAACUGGGUGAAGGUGUAGAUUUUAAAUAAUAAUGGCCUGAUUCUUUGCUGAAGUGCUUUAUACUUAAACAAAAACCUUACCGCCAAAUAUACCAAGAUACACUUCUUUCAUUAAGUGAAUUACUAGCGUUUCUAUGCCUGGAAUGUUAUAUAUGUUUUAUUUACUAGAUGUUUACAUUUUGGGAAGGAAAACAGUGUUCUUUGUUAAAAAAUUGAAUAUUCGUUAUUUGCUGUUCCCAACUAAGAUCUUUAUACCAUAACAAAAUUUGCUCUUUUCUCAUGAAUUUAUGAUUUCUAAAUGAAGUCAGGCAAGUAUAAAAUUGGGGGAAGAAUGGGCUUUGUUAAUCAAAUGAUGUCUUGAUUUUUCUAAAUGAGGAGAUUGUUUCAUUUUCAACACUAAGCAUGGGAUCUGUUUCUUAGCAGCCUUGUUUGCAAAGAUGAAUGUUGUUUUCUGUAUGAGACUGCCCCAUCCAGUAUAUGAAGCAGGUUUGAUCUUCGUCUUAAGUUCCUCUACUUUAUAGGGGUGGUUUUACUUAAAAAAAUAUACUAAAUUAUUUCAUUUUUAAAUGUGAUCUACAGAGCAUUGCAAAUGAUUUUUUUAAAGUAAUGUGAAAAUAUGACAACCUAAAUGAAUUUUUAAUGUCACAGCUGUAUUAUUUUGAUGAUGUGCCUUUGAUUUAAUUUGGGACACUUAAAAGAAUACUUUAUUUGUGUUUGUUUUAAUCUUUGAAGAACUUGGAAAUAAAAUUUCUGCUUAAUUUCUACUAAUGACA